GUGCGCUCGUCUCCAGUUGAACUAGCCAUGGCUGGGGAAAUAGUCUAUGCUGAUUUAAACAUCCGUGGAGAUUCGUCCCUCACCAUCCGACCCCAACCUCCUCACCACCUGAGCGACUGGACCGCUACCAGUCAGGGCUGCAAGCUGGUACCUGCGUCACAAGAUUUAACACAUUCUUGUAUAUAUGAUAAGAAUAUACGCUGGCCUGAAUGCCAUCACUUCCCCCACUGGCAUCAGAUGGCUCUGAGGGUCAGCUGGGCUGCAAACGUCAUCCUGCUGGGAGCUAUGACGGCCCUGAGCGUCUGGGUUUUUCAGGGCCCCUGCAGUAAAGCAGAGACCGGCGGAGGCUCCGUGGCCCCCGAGAGUGACUGGGUCACCAGGAGGAAUGGAAACGGUACAGACUGCAACUCCAGCUUGGCGUCUCACCUAAGACGGCGUCUGUGCGACUCCCCCCAGAACAGCUUGGCAGGGCCCCCCGGGUGCAGACUCUGUGCCCCGAACUGGCUGCUGCAUGGGGACAAGUGCUACUGGCUUUCCAAAGAGAGCAAAAAGUGGAACGAGAGUCGUGAGGACUGCUUGGCGAAGAGCUCUCAAAUGCUCAUGAGCCAGGACCAGCGUGAGAUGGCAUUCAUAAAAACUAUCACGGAGGGGAAAUACUCCAUUUGGAUUGGACUGCACCUGACAACCUCCAAGGGAAACUGGACGUGGGUGGAUGGUUCCCUGUUGAAUCAAACAGGGGUCUCACUAUCAGCCCCUGACACUGGAAACAGCUGUGGGGUGUGGAAGGAGAAUCAGAUUCGCAGUGAAAUCUGCAGUGGUUCCUUUAAAUGGAUUUGCCAGAGAGAAGCUGUCCCGAUAUAAAUGGCAUUAGCGGAUCCCCUGUUUCAUUAAGGGACACACAAGACUAAGGUUCGAGCUUUGGGUAAAGCUCUCAAAGGUGGAGGG